AUGGAUGACCACCAAGACAAGAUCGUCACUUUAGCCGACGGGAGAAAGGUUUCAUAUGCAGUUUUUGGAGCCCAGGAUAAUGAUGCACCCACUUUCUUCUAUCUCCACGGCUUUCCGGGGUCUCAUCACGAGGGUUACGUGAUUAGCAGCGCUGCAGCUCAACACGGCGUACGCGUCAUUGCGCCGACGCGACCAGGGUAUGGUGACUCGACAUUUCAGAAAAACAGAAGGAUUCUCGACUAUCCCAAAGACAUACUCGAACUAGCGGAUAUUCUAAACAUCGAAAGAUUCGCUGUAUUAGGCGUCUCUGGUGGCGGACCAUACGCUAUUGCAUGUCUCAAGGACCUCCCACCAGAUCGUCUGGUUGGCAUCGGCACCGUCGCUGGCGUCAUGCCAAUGUCUUUCUCGACACAAGGAAUGCUUACAAUGACACGACUUAUGUUCAACGUGGCGCCUUACGCUACAGGAGUCGUGGGCUGGAUCACCGAUAGAGUGUUGGGUAGCACAGCGCGAGACACCAAGCACCCAGAAAAGUUGGAGGAAAUGAUGGAUAAAGACAUAAGUGCCAGAUCAGCAAACGAUAAGGAAGUUUGGGAGACUCAUCCAGACUUUAGAAAGUCCCUAGAGAGAGCUACGAGAGAGGCGAUGAAGCAGGGCGGAUAUGCAACUGCGUGGGAAGCUCGAUUAUUUGGAAGUGAUUGGGGGUUCAAGCUGGAGGAUGCCAAAGUCGAGAAGGGAAAGAUGAUAAUGUGGCAUGGAGAUUUGGAUGUCAAUGUUCCGAUUGGGGUGUCUGAGAAGGCUGUGCAGCUCAUGCCUGGUGCAGAGCUGAGAGUCAUGAAAGGGGAGAGCCAUAUGAGUUUGAUGGUCAGGGUUGAAGAGUUCACAGUGGCUAUGAAGGAUAUGCUAUCGAGAUCAAUCACGGAGCCUAAAGCGGCCAAAUAG